GCCCCUUUUGGGCCCUUGGACACCUUCCUGCCCUCCCCGCCCACACCCACCACCACUGUACGGACCCAUCUCAUCCGCAACCACCACCCCAGCAACCCCCCUGUGCAGGAUUGCAACGCCGCUCGCCGCUCGCCGCUCGCCGCCCGUUAUCGCCCUUCCCCCUUGGACCGCCCACGCACUCUCCUUCUACACGACCUUCUAUUCAUUCUUACGCAUCCUCCUCUGUUCAGAUUGCCAGAUUCCCGACAAGCAUCACAUCAUUCUUGGACACGACGGCAGACACUUGUAUCAUCAACAAACACAAUCGACACUUGAAAGGAGACGAGGACCCUUUGAUCCCACCCGCCUCAAUUCCUGCCUACCGCCUCCCGCCCCUUUCGCCUCCCUCCCUCCCCCCCUUUGCCCUGUCCAACCCACAGAACAAGCCUCGUCUUGACAUCCAACACCACACUCGUUCGUUCGUCGUUCUCGCGUCCAACUCUUGUCGACUUCUACGCGUCUGCAUCUCGACAAAGGCAAUGGCUCGUCAAUAACAUUUGGCACCUCGCACGACACCGCCUUGAUCGUCCUAGCCCGCCGCGACCUUUCCUCUUUUCACCCGCCUCUAGUCACGCGUCGCCGUCGACUGGCACCCCUUCACCAUGAUCAUCCCACCCGACCCAGAGAAGGACCCAAACCUCUUCGCCGAGUCGGCGUCGAUCCUUGACGACGACCAGAGAUUAGUAGACGUGCCUCUCCCCCCAGAUGCCGUCUACCAUCCUCAGUCGGCGCCGACGGUCCUGGCCACGUACCCCUACGGUUCUUACUCGGACGAGGACUUUACGUGGCAAGAGACGCUUCCUCCCUAUGAAGGAAGGCGUGUUCGCGCGCGCCCCAUCUCGUCAGUAGAGGAGGAGACCACGACAGCGUCCGAGGCCAGCACAUCACGCGUGUUCGGAGUAGCUCAACCACCACGCCGCCCCCGCACGUCGGUUCUCGUGCGACCAUCAUCGCAGGCCUCGGUUUCAUCUGGCUCUUCAUCGGGCAUCGCACCAUACCCCGACUUGUUGACAGCAAGGAGACCCACCUCGAGCAGGGCUCCCGCUUCCAGCCCCACGGCAGCGUCAUUAAUCAGCGAGCAGUCGACAAAGACUUGGGAGGGGUUGAUAUACACUGGCCGAAGAAAACGAAAGAUCUUCGGUGUGCCGGUCCCCAACCUUCCUACCAUCCCCAUUGCCCCAGAGGUUCACGACAUCUGGCACAAGUACCGCAAGUGGAUCAUUGCUGGUUUGAUCUUCCUCGCCACCCUUUUGGUUCUUACCAUUGGUUUGGUUGUAGGCUUCAGUACCGCGUGGGCAGCAAAGUACAAGCACAAGCGUCCACCCGGGUACCGGCCAUGGUACGACAAAGGAGGACCCCCCAACGCGUCUUGGCAGAUGCCGGAUCUCAACUUGACCUACAUCCCGGACAGGGACGGACCCAGUCCUGCCGAUGGCACACCCUCAAACUGCAACGUGUUUGUGCCCCUCAACGACUCUGCAACAGUCUCUCAGCUGGCCAACCUUGCUUCUCCCUACUUUGAAAACUACAUUUCGACCUUUACCUACCCCCUUGAUGCCCUCAACGACACAGUUUCCUCCCUGUCAAAUGACCUGUACUUCAUCGCUCGUGGCCUCGCCGCUAGUGGAACCAUCGAGUUUGUGGGGUCCAAGUCUCCGCCCGCCGUGGUCACAGGCGGUACAGAAGGCCAACUCCAGGUCGACGUCAUCGCCCGCAUCGCUGUUGGCCUCAACUUGACAAAGAUUGUCAAUGUCUGCCAGAUGGACCGCGACGAUGGCUCCACUGGAGUGGGGAUCUACACGCCGAUUCGCACAGAUGGCGGUGCCGACAUUCCUGGUCUGCUUGACCCUCUUCGAACACCGGCAUUCCACGUUAUUGUACGCGUCCCACCGUCAAUCCUCAAUACGUCGAACCCCCAGUAUGCCUAUCUGCCAAAGGUCAGCCUCGACCUUACGGCCAUGGCCACGCGUGUUGGUGAUCUGCACGGCGUGGCUUCGUUCGGAACCUUUGGCGUCACUGCUCACUGCCGAGGUGGUGCCGUGGUUGCGGACUACCUUGAAGCCGACACCCUCAACAUUUACGGAGCUGAAGGCACUGUCCAAGGCACCUUCAACAUCUCUUCUUCGCUCAUGAUCAACUCGACCAGCGGAACAAUCUUUGCCAACGUUUUGCUCAAUGAUCCUGGGCUUGAUGUCGACAAUUCGACAACACUUGUGACCGAUCUCCCUGGCCCCAAGCGACGCGGGCUGUCGCAUGCGACCAACUACCCUGCCACAGGCUUCCACCCCUACCCCACCCCGGCUCAGAUGGACGCUGCUGCCAAUAUUGGCCCACCCACGCACUCCGUCAACACCACCUUCACCACCAAGGCGGGCUUCAUCUUUGUGGCCUACUUGCACCACCCUCCAUCGACGGCUUUGCAGGCCCUCGUCGCUUCGCAGUCGGGCAUGGUUGAUGUGUCCAUGCACCCCAACUACGUCGGUCCGUUCGCCGCUGCCAACGUUUGGGGCAGUGUUCGACUCCCUCCUCCUCUCCCAUCCGCCAAACUCGAGGAUCCACUCCACCUUGGACGCACGCGCCUGCUUGUCCAGGGUGACCUCGACGUGUCGGACGAUACCUUCUUUGCCAGCCACGGCAUAAACUCUACCACUACCGCGUCGUCAACUACGAUUGUGACGGGCGCCGUGUAUUGGGGAUACGCCCAGCAGGCGUCGACCAUCACGCCAAUGAAGGUUCAGAGUGGCCAGGAGGGCGGCAACUCGGCCCUUGUCGCUGUAGCCAACCUAGGCGACCUGCAAGUCACCUUUGACGGCGUAUAAUCCCCUACACGGACACACACGGAAAUUGUGCCUCUCUGUUUCAUUCGAUUUUCUUUUCUCCCAUGGGUUUCCAGGUCUAGAAGUACAUCCAAUCUGUCUUAUCACGCAACUGCUCUUCGCAACACCACCCCCAUCAUCCAGCAUCCAAUCCACACACCCCCAAAACGCGAACCAGCCAGUGAUAAUUUUGUUGCCGUAGUCGAAACCAAGCUUGUACACGAGAAUACCCACUCGCCCACUGUACAUUACUCUGUCAUGCACCCACGUUGUGCCA